GGUCUCCCGACUACGGUACAAACACUGGAGGCUGCGCUGUCCCGGCUGCUGCGGGUUCGGAGUAACCGCUGCAGACGGGAACCCGGGUCUAGCGAUUGCUGCCAGGGGUUAGGCUUUGAGGAACACGGGCCAUGGCUCAAGGUCGGGAGGUAGACGACAGCCCCUACUCCGUGAUCGCCAGCAACGCGUCCCUGUCCGUGAGAUGGGUACAAGGAUUCCCUAAGCAGAAUGUUCAUUUCAUCAACGACAGCACCAUUUGCUAUCCUAGUGGCAAUUUCAUAAUAUUUAUUAAUAUUGCAACCAAGAAAAAAACUGUACUCCAGUGUAUGAACGGAAUUGUGGGCGUCGUGGCAACUAAUGUUCCUUAUGAAGUUGUGGCUUUUUCUGACCGGAAGCUGAAACCUCUCAUCUACAUAUACAACUUUCCGGGAUUGACCAAGAGGAUCAAAUUAAAAGGCAAUGUUCUUCUGGACUAUACUUUACUUGCGUUCAGUUACUGUGGCAACUACCUGGCUAGCUACUCUUCUCUCCCAGAAUUUGAACUGGCUCUCUGGAACUGGGAAUUGGGUGUCAUUUUGUGUAAGAAGUCACAACCUGGUAUGGAUGUGAGCCAGAUGACUUUUAACCCCAUGAACUGGCGCCAGCUGUGUUUGUCAAGUCCAAGUUCAGUGACCGUGUGGACCAUUGAAAGAAGUAACCAGGAGCAUUAUUUCAAAGCAAGGCCAGCAAAACUACCUACGGAAGAUGGGUCAUUUUUUGAUGAAAAAGACUUAAUAUUCCCCAAUUCGCUGCCCAAGGAUCUCAUGUAUGGACCUGUCCUCCCACUGUCAGCCAUUGCUGGGCUAGUAGGCGAAGAGGCUGAAACUUUCAGGCCCAAAGAUGAUCUAUAUCCUUUGCUGCACCCGACUAUGCACUGCUGGACUCCAACAAGUGACCUGUACGUUGGCUGUGAAGAGGGUCAUCUCCUACUGAUUAGUGGAGAAACCUUGAAGGUGACUGUGCUUAAUAAGGCAGAAGACAUACCUUCAGUGGACGGAAGACAUCUCAUCAGCCCGAUCACCAUAGUGUACCAGAAGGGAGGCGUGCUUGCUUCUGGAAUAGAUGGCUUUGUGUAUUCUUUUAUUAUUAAAGAUUCAACUUACAGAAUAGAGGAUUUUCUUGAGGUUGAACAGCCUGUGGAGUGUUUGAUGUUUUCUCCCAGUUACAAAAUGUUGCUGAUUCAAACAGACAAGGGAUCUGUGUACAUUUACACUUUUGGUGAGGAGCCAACCUUGGAUAAAGUCCUGGAGGCUUGUGAUGGGCAAUUUCAGUCAAUUGACUUGAUCACACCUGGAAACGAAUACUGCAUAACACUCACAUAUUCGGGGGAAGCUUGUAUUUGGUGUUUAGAGGAUGGAGCUUUUGUCAGCAGGAUUAAUCUGAACACCCCAACGACAGUUCUGGCUUGUUCUCCCUCCUCCCUGUCUGUGGCAGUGGGGACUGUGGCUGGCUCUGUCCACUUCUUUGACAUCCAGGACGCCAAAUCCCCUCAGGAGGUUCACAAGGCCUUUCUCUCGGAAUCCUCCGUCCAGCUCCUCGUGUACGACCAGCGAGGGUUGUAUCUGUUAGCUGGAACUCCCGAAGGAUACAUCUUCGUCAUCAAUGCCAAACCCUCAAGCUCAUUUGAGGUUCUUGGAUUCGUAGAGGUGCACAAAGGCAUUUUACAGAUAUCCACGGUGUCUGUUUUGGAAACAGACAUAGUGGAAGUGAUGGUGCUAUCCUCACUUCCGGAAACAGAAAGAAGUAGUCUGGAAAUAUUUACUCUGCCUAUAAUACUGCCUCAAGUUUCUGCAAAGUGUGUCAAUCAAAGAGGGAGCAUGAGAAGCGAAUUCAUCCACAAGUUCCUGUAUGAGACAGAGCACAGCCUGUCCUCGGCAGUGUUGAGCUUCCAGAGCGACCGCAUAUACGGCUUCUGUAGCGAAGUGCCAUAUAUCUGCAGCUACCUUAUUCCUAAAAAUGAACAUCACGGUGUCUGCGUUCUUCAGCCCCACCACAAAGUGCAGAGCAAACAGUAUGGCCCUGGAGCGCUCUCCCUGUCCCCGCACGGACUGUGGCUCAUAACAAAAGCUAAAUGUGGAACCGUGUGUAUACGAGACAUUCACACUUUGGAAACAUUUGUUCGGUGCCGGAGCCAUUCUCACCAGGGGCACGGAAUCCAGUCGGUGAGCAUUUCAAUGGAUGGACAAAACAUCCUGGUGAACGGGAAAGGUGAUGGCACCCUUGUCUGCCUAAGGUGGAGGAAGUUUGGAGGAAGCUUAGCCAGUGACAUUCUUGAAUACAGCCAGCAACAUUUAACUUCUCUGAGCACCACCAUGGAGGAGGAGAAUGCUCAUUUAAGAAGAAGACAAAGCGAGUUCUCGGAAUCAGAACAUGAACACACAAUAAAUGAGAAUACGAAGUUAAGCAUUGACUCAUCACAAGAGGAAUUAGCCCAAGCUAAUAAUAUGAAGGAAAUUCCCUGGAUACAACAAAAAAGCCAAGAGGCCAUCGAAAAGGAGGUUAAACUGUUUUCCAGCAAAAGGAGAGAGAUAAAAAGACAAAUCAAAGCACUUGCUAAAACUGUUAUAAGUAUGAUGGAAGAAAAUGAAACAGUAGAUAACAUUGCAAAACUAGAGCAACAGGAAUUUGGCCUGGAUCUUGAGGAACUGGAAAGGCUGCAAAAUGAAAGUGAGGAAGAAGUGACAAAGAUAAGGAAAGACGUGGAGAUGCAUAACCUAGCCAAGAGUUAUUUGAGUGAAAUCAUUAAAGAGGAGUGCUGGAAUUCAAUGGCUGUGAAAGGACGAUCUCUUAAGGGCUUUCACAUCCCCUAUGUGGUUGAGAACUUCCCAAUGAAAGAACGCACGGAUGAAGAGCUGGAAGAAGUGAAUAGAGUUUUGCAGCAAAAGAAGAUUGAAACAGAGUGUCUGAAGCUACGGAAAGAAAUUAUAGAGGUUCAGUCUGCUAUGACCUUGGUUAAAAAGCAUCAUGAAGAGGAAGAGGAAGAGGAGGAAGAAGAUGUGGCAGUAAGACACACCAGCUUGCCCAAUUACCUGUUUGGCAGUCUGAGUCCUGAUUUUGGGAUACCCACCUCUUUGUUGUCAAGCCAACUGGAACUUCAUUCCAGAGAGGAGAAAAUCAACCAAAUAAUAUUACUGAAAGAUAUCAUUUACAAGGUAAAAACUGUUUUCAAUAAUGAGUUUGAUGCUGCCUAUAAACAAAAAGAAUUUGAAAUUGCACGUGUGAAGGAAAGAAAUGUAAGAAUUCAAGAAAUUAUUUUAGAUCUGGAAUUGGAAGAAUCAGUCUGGCAACCGGACUUUGAGGACUGUGAGAAGCCAGAGAAAACCCUCGUGGUGGAAGACAAUGAGAUUACAGUUCAAAAACAUCUUAAACCAUGGCAAAAAGCCAAAACAGAAUUGAUCACGACCCAGAAAACGGACCAAUGGCUUCAGUCGCAGGCCUCCGAAACCAGACACCGCGCCCUGAUGGACAUGAUGGGAGGAGUCCUGGAAGUCAAGAAGGAAGACAUUUUGAGGAUGGUGAUCCCUCAGCCUGCUUUCAUGGCGAAACCAGACACUGUAUGGACUGAAGAGGAAAGGAGACAAUUCAGAGACUAUGAGAAGAAAGUCAAGGAGUUAAAUGAAGAAAGAGAUAAGUACAGAAAGUCCUUAGAAGCAGAAUUGAAGAAACUUCAAAACUCAAUUCAUGAAACCACACAGAAUUUUGACGAACAUUUAAAAAAACUCUUUGAAAGGAGAGUGAAAGCAGAAAUGGUUGUCAACCAGGAGGAAUUGAAAAUAAAUAACCUUGUUUUUUCUUUACUGUUGGAUGAAGAAAUAAACUCCAGAGAAACAUUCCUAAACAACUAUCUUGUAAGAAAGCAGGAAGAGAGAAGAAAGACUUCAGAAGCCGUCCGGAAAUCUAAAGAAAACCUGGACAUGUACAAGGAACACUAUGACAACUUACUGGCGGAAGACAAGAUUCUCGAUCGCAGCUUUAAAAAGGAGUUUUCUGAAAUUCCCAGUCAUCAGGUGGAUGUACUCUACAGACUGUUUAAACGCCGACCAAGGAUCCACAGACAGAAACCGCACGCAGAUAUCACUAGUAUUGUGCCUUUUGGAGAGCGGCCAGGAUCUGGGAAAUUGAGUGCAGAUGCCUUUGCCCAGUUAAUGAAGGCCAUGGAUGACCUGGACAACGUUAACAACAUGCCAGAAGGCUUGAAUCCCUUGGUCUGGAAUCAUUUCUGUGCGACCAGACGAGCGAAGGUGGAAAACGAACAGAAAGUAAAGCAGAAAGCAGCUGGCUUAAUGGAAGUGGUGGCUUUCCACCGGAGGAGAGGUGACGAGGAUGAGAAGGUGCAACGGGAAAUUGAAAGAGUGUCCCAGGAACUCAUUCUGUUACAGGAACAGAAAGUGAAAUUCCAAUUGAAUUUGACAAUCCAAAUUCUCCUUAAACAAGGACAAGUAGAAGUGGAAAAUUUCCAGUUAUUGCUGGAUUAUUCUGAUGCAAUUCUCAUCAACAGGAACAUAAUUGAAGACCUGAAUUCUGUGAUUCGGGCUCAAGGACAAAAGAAAGUUACUAGCAUGAUGGAAACUAAAGAUAUCCACAAAGGAAUAUUUCAGAUUGAAUGGGAACAUAAGAAAAUGGAGAUGGAAAUGGAAGAUCUAAAUCAGAAGGCUUGGGAUAUUCAGAUGCUGUUUUUUUCAAGAGAACGUCAGAAAUUCCUAAAUGAACCAAACUAUGAGACUGUGAUUGCUGUUCAGAUUGGAAUAAUGGAACAAACCAUUGCUGUUUUAGAUAAGACCCACAAAAAGAAUGUGGAAAACUGCAAAAAACUACUUAAAAAACUGGAAAAGAUCAGCAAUCAAAAAGAUAUAGCAAAUUAUACUCUAAGCUGCAACUUACGAGAAGAGUUGGUGGCUGUCUCAGAGAGAAAAGACAUCUGUAACACCAUAGGGUCUAUAUUGACUUGUGAAAAAAUUGCCAAAGAACGAUAUGAGAACAUGAUGCAACAACAGAAGUUAAGAAAUACUUCAAAAGAACAAGCCAAACAGAUUUCAAUCCUGGAGGCUGAAGUGGAACGAUUAAAGAUGAAAACGUUUCCUGCUCUUGUCCCCCUGUGAAAACACUGGCGGGAAACACAAAGCCAAAUCGAUCCUUUAAAAAACAAUUUGAUUAAAAUGAUGUUUUGUUUUUUCAUAGAAAUUUAAGUAGAACUUCUUCUCAGUUGCAUAUUUGAAUAGCAAACUAUUUCAUUUUAGCUUUAAUCACAAUGUUUGUCCUGCAUAAAUAAGUAUAUAAAAUAUCAUGAAUUAUUAUUUUCAAGAAUGAACAAGACUAACUCAGAAAGUAUUCAAGAUCUAUUUUAUUUCAUCUUAAUUUGAUCAAAAAUUAUUUUCACAGUAAUAGUAUAGACAGUCUUAAAGACAAAAAGAAAUUAUUCUUCACCUUGAGGGACAUUUCCAAUUUCAUAAAUUACCUGAAGUUAUGAGACAAUGGAUGAUUUUUAUACUUUUCUAUAUUUCCUAAGUUUUCUUCAAUAAACAUUUAUUCUAUUGUAUAAUCAGGAAAAAAUUACCAGGAUAUUUAAGAAUACUCCUUGUUCUAGCAAUGAGAAUAUGGUGAACUCUUUACUCUUGCUAAGCCCUAAAUCAUUUAUAAAUUAUGACAUAUUUUCUUCUACACAAACAUAACAUAAUCCUCUACAUGUCAUAUUCAUUGUAACAGAAUUCAAUUUUGUGUCCUACCCAGGAAGGUUUAGCAAACAGUAAAAAAAAAAGUUUUCUGAUUUCCAUGAAAAGUUUAUUGCUGUAUUCAUGCAGAUGAGGAUUAAAUCAUGAGGUUCACCAGUCAGAAAACUGCUUUGCCCUUCAAUAGCCUGUGGAUAGAGUGCUGCAUUCCAAAGUGACACCAUUGGGAUCACUGACCACAAUCUUCAAGUGAUGUCAAUGUCUCAUUGCUCUGCAAUUUGUGAAUUAAUUGUCAAGUUUAAUCUGCAACAUCAUGUUCAAGGUACAUGGAUAUAGGUAAAGCAAGAGAGCUACUAUAAAACCUUCUACUUAGAAAAAAUAUUUAGGAGAUUUAAAAUCUAUUUAGAAAUUGCCGGGAUAAUACCAUUACUGAUUGCCCAUACCAGUGUAUGGAUGGGAAUAGUAAGAGAAAUAAUAGGACCAACAUUUUUGAUGCUUUCCCUCCAUAGUACUAGAAUGACUCCCGAAGUGCUCAGUUUUGCUGAUUCAGCGGGGAAGUGCCUAUUGAUAACAGUUCCUACAUCUAAGGUCCUUCAAAAUUACCUGACAAGGGGAUUUUGGGGGGCUGGGAGGAUGGACCCAAGGGUAGACAACAGUGUGAGGAGUACAGAUACUUUGUACAUCAGAUAGGAUUGUCAGAAUUUCUCUGUCCUGUCAGAUGUAGUCAACCACCAAUAUGGGGCUUUCCCCCUGGUGAUAUGAAUUCCAUGUCACCCAAAUUAGCUGCCUAGAGGCUCCUUUUGCUAGUAGUCUGUGCCAUAAAAUUCACUGGUUCAUGCUCUGUGGAUUCCCAGGUCUUAGCAAAUCAAACAGCCUGUGUGACUUUUACCUCUUAGUAGCCACCCUGGGUGACUCUGGCAAUGCUCUUUGCUCGAAUGUCACAGCUUCGAGGCGUGUAUAGAGUGGAGGUUAGCAGGAACCCCUUGUCCCUAGACUAUACUCUAAUAGCAGCACUUCUCAACAGGAGGUAUCCUCUGGUUUGAGGGUUGGCUGUGGUAGGGCAUAUGGAUCAUGCACCCUAACCUACUUUUGAUACUGUCCAUGGUACUGACUGCUCUCACCUGCUGAACUAACAGCAAGUAUAUUCAUAUUAUAUACCCCUUUAAAAUAUUAUCUGUAUUAUUUCAAAGUAAUAUAACUAACUGUGUCAAGCAUAGCAUAUCUUCAAGCAUAGGGCUUAAGAGUAGGGCUCUGAAGCUGGGGUGCCUGGUUCCAUUCUUGACUGGAAGUCUAGUUUUUAAAUAACUACUUUAUCUUAAGUUUCCUCAUCUUGGAAAUUGUGAUGUUGAUAAUUGUAAUACUUAAAUGAGUUAACAUACUUUUGAAACACAAAGCAAAUGCUAAGUGGUAGCUUCCAUUUUUAAGAAUAAAAACUUUGUCCUGUGGUU